AACAGAAACAUCAUGGAGACGGAACAGAGGAGGAAAUCUCACAAAACCUCCAAAAAUGGUGGGAAACGCGAGAAAGCGAGGACUGGUGAAGAAGAGGCAAGAAGGAGGGAGGUGGUGACGGAGAAGCUGAGGCAGAGGCUGGACCUGGAGACUCGAGCCCUGAAGGUGGUGGAGCGUCUCCUUGACGACAGUGUGGCUGAAGACUUCCUGGUUGACUGUGCCAAAUUCAUCACUUCAGCUAAUUACAAAGACGCUAUAGAGGAGAGAGUGAUUGCUAAACUCUGUGGUUAUCCCAUAUGUCCAAGUAAACUGGGCAAGAUCCCAACUCAACGGUAUAAAAUUUGUACUAAGACCAAUAAAGUGUACGACAUUACGGAGCGCAAGUGUUAUUGCAGUAACUUCUGUUACAAAGCCUCCAAGGAGUUUGAACUACAAAUAUCAGACACUCCUCUUUGGCUCAGGCAGCAUGAGAGCCCUGAAGAAAUUAAACUGCUGCAGAGAGGAGAUAGUGGGAGCUCUGGUGAGGUGGUGAUUCUGUCAGACCGGCGUCUCCAAGAAGAGGACGUUGAGAAUCUGCUGACCGCGGAGCCCGGGCAGCCUGACAGCUCCCUACCAGGUUGUGCUGCUUGGGACCACAGCGACACCAGUGACGUGGAACAAGAACAGGACUUUGUCUCCAGCGUUGUGUCGCAGCGGCCCGGUCGCAGGGUGCACUGGGGCGACCUGCCUAAACGCACAGAUGAAGAGGAGGAAGAAAAACGAGGAAAGAUGGAGAGGAGAAAGAAACAGAGCAGAGAGGGGGAUGAGGAGAAGAGCGAGCAUCAUCAAAGUCAGAAAGCAGAGAAGGGACAAAUGAAAGAAGAUGAGCAAGAGAAAGAGUCUCAUGCACUGAAAACAGAGAAGAAAACCGAUGCAGGAAAGCUGCAUGUGAGAAAUACUGAGGAAGAAGACUCGCCAAAGGAACCCAGUGUGGAAGAGGUUACAGCUAAGAUUGAUCUGUGCAGUUUGUCUGAGACAGUCACUCCUACUGUUUCCCUGUGUGUUGAUUCAACACCUGCACAGGCAGAACCUGUAACACUGCUCAUCUCUCCUCCACUUACUGACUCUCAACCCCCGGCAGGAAACAAACCCCUCUCCUCUUCAACACUAACCACCGCUCAUCAGAGCAGCCACAGCACAACACUGCUCCCCCAGCGAGGACUCGGCAUCACCCAGGUGGGUAUGAGUAAGAAAGGGGCAGCGGGGUUACGAGAUCUGCUCAAGAACCACACGGCUGCACCCAAACCCGACUCCGCCCGGCUGAAUCUCCUCGAGUGUUUGAGAAGAACCUUGAAGGAAUGGAGCACGGACGAGACCUUGAAAUUCCUGUACGGUGCGGACCAUUCACAAGGCUCUCCUUUCGCUGAGCUAAAAAGUCAGAAGGAUGACGGAGAGGAGGAGCUGGAUGAAGAUGACUUUGAGGAUGAGACCCCUGUGGAGGAUUGUGAAAAGGCUGAUGCAGCAGCAGCAGCAGCUCUAUACUAUAAGACACUGAGGGAGGACACCGAGCAGAUGGAGCUCAGAGUGAAAGAGUUUUAUAAAGGGAUGUGGCCUGAGGUGAUAGAGAUGCCAAAUGACAACAAGGUGACAGACAAGGACCAGGACCAGGACACAAAAGACCGAGCUCUGCCACUUGUUGACUCUCAAGCUCAGCACCUCAUCCAGAAACACAUCACAGUGGAGAAGCUCACCAAUUGUCUCAGAAACAUUGUGGGACGGCUGAAUCUCACCAUGAGUGACGUCUCUGCUGACCUGAACAACCUGGUCAAGACGUUCAGGUUCAGCAACACAAACAUCAUCCACAAAACUCCAGAGUGGACCCUCCUUGCUGUGGUGCUUCUACAUCUGUUGUCGGAGGUGUCUCUGGUGGUGAGGGAGGCCCUUGAGAUGACUGCAUCAGUGGCGUAUUUGAACACGAUGAUGGAAGAGCUCAGUCUCCAACAGCAGGAUCUGUUGAACUUAGUCCGGCUGUUUAAAACCCCAGCACACUGACACACACACACAGGCAUGGACAGAUUAAUAAUUAAUCGUCAUGUCAGAUUUCCAACUGAAUUCUG